CUGGAACCGGGGCGGUCCUCUCCGCGCGAGAGGGAGGGCAAGAGGGGAAGAGGAGGUGCAAAGACAAAAGCUCCUCGCAAUUGGGCUGCGUGGCUGGGGGUACAAGUUUGGGCCGCCGAUCGCGCGGCCCUGCCCCCCCCCCCGGACAGGGCCGAAGCCCCAUGGGGCCAGGAGGGCAGGGCGCCCGCCCCUGGCAGGGCCACUGUCCCAGGGGGCAGAGGAGCGGCCGCCAGGGGCCGGGCCUGGCACCGACGCAGGCUCGGGGAGCGCGGCUCGGUGGAGGGCGGCGCGCGUUGUACAGGAAGUGCGCGGCGUGCGGCGCCACAGCCCCGAUCCCGCCGCCCCUGGGUCGCCGAGCACAGUCCCCGCGCCUGGGGCAGCUCUGAGACUCGCUGGAAGUGGCCUUCUGCGCCAUUUCUUCUCCCAAUAUCUUUUAGGCCUUAUCCCCUGACACGCGCACGCACCCGGUCUCCGCCGCAGACCCUGCAGCUUGGGGUCCCCGGAUCUCGGUGGGCUGCGGGUGGACCGGCACGUGUUUCGAGGACAACCGCGACCCUGCUGGUCCCGCCCAGCUCGCGACCCGAAUCCGCACGGAGGACGUCUGUGCCGCUGUGUGUGCGCGCGGGCUCUUCGCCCCACCCGCCCGGCACUUUUCCGAUUCAUGGAGAGUUGCGCAAAGGAUCCACGGAAAUUGAAGAACGAACCUUUGAAGAAGUUAAGUUUACCAUGAGAAAUAACAUAAUUCCAUAUUUAUUCUAUGGGUCUUUGACAUUUGGCAUCUGGACAGCUCUGUUUUUUGUGUAUUUUCACCACGAUGACACGAGAAAACCGCACAGGACAGUCCAGGAACCUGCACCAGCUUGGUCCCGUGUGCAUCAGCAAGAGAUCCAUGACCCAAAGGAAAUAAGAAGGCAACACAUAAUAGUGGAUAUGGCUGAGGAAGAGGAACCUAUAGAACAAAAAACAUUUUCUCCCUUCUAUAACUUUUCAGAUCCAGGGCUUGUAGAUGGAUUUUUAAAAUAUGGGUUUAAUGCCAUUGUCAGUAGAAGUUUGGGCCAUGAGAGAGAGGUGCCAGACACCAGGCAUAAAAGAUGUCUUUACAACCAUUACUCAAUUCACCUACCGACUGCCAGUGUUAUCAUUUGCUUCUAUAAUGAGGAAUUUAAUGCCUUGCUUCGAACAGUGUCCAGUGUUGUGACUCUUACGCCACUUCAUCUCCUUGAAGAAAUCAUUUUGGUGGAUGAUGGAAGCGAAUUUGAUGAUUUGAAAGAAAAGCUCAAUUAUUAUCUGGAAAGUUUGAGAGGAAAGGUUAAAUUGGUAAGAAACAAAAAGAGAGAGGGGCUGAUUCGAGCAAAGAUGAUUGGAGCAGCGCACGCUUCAGGUGAGGUGCUGGUGUUCCUCGACAGCCACUGUGAGGUCAACAGAGUGUGGCUGGAGCCCCUGCUCUCUGCCAUCACCAGGGACUCCAAGAUGGUCGUGUGCCCUGUCAUUGACGUCAUUGACGUCAUUGACGACAUGAGCCUGCAGUACACAUUCUCUCCUCUUGUGAGAGGAGCCUUUGACUGGGAUCUCCAAUUUAAAUGGGAUACCAUUUUCUCUUAUGAGAUGCACCCUCCAGAAGGUCCGAUUAUGCCAAUCCGGUCACCUGCAAUGGCUGGUGGAAUUUUUGCUAUAUAUAGGCCCUAUUUUUAUGAACUUGGACAGUACGACAAGGACAUGGAUCUUCGGGGAGCAGAGAAUUUGGGACUUUCACUAAGGAUCUGGAUGUGUGGAGGUCAACUCUUUGUAAUCCCCUGCUCCCGAGUGGGACAUAUCCCAAAGAAGAGUUCGAGAAGUGACAGCACCUUCAGGAAAGCCGUAGCCCGGAACUAUCUGAGGCUGGUGCACAUUUGGCUGGACGAAUACAAGGAGCAGUUCUUUCUUCGAAACCCUGGUUUGAAAUCCAUGACUUAUGGAAACAUCAGCGAACGUGUUCAGUUAAGGAAACGAUUGGGUUGCAAGUCAUUUCAGUGGUAUUUGGAUACCGUCUUCCCAGAGUUGGAGGCAUCUAUGAACAGCUAAUGAAAGGAAAACAAGUCAUUUUUAUUAAUAGUUAAGAAGUCCCCUGGUCCUUCAAGAUGGUGGCACCAGAGAACAAGUUUGGAACAUCAUGGAAUAAUGGGAAAUGCAAUAAGAAAUACAACCAGAAUGACCUACAUUGGGAGUGUUGGUUUUCCCCCUUAAUGACAAUUCCUAAUCUUUUGUUGCUCACUGCCACUGAAUUCCUGGGGUGGCAGGACCCUGAGCAUUCCAAAUGUAAGCUGUCUCACAGUUGAAACUCAAGCAUAUAAUAAAUCGGGGGAAAGCGU